UCUGCCGUGUAAAUCCUGGUUUAACGGAAUUGAGGGCUCUCCAUUCUCCAAUCACUGCCCGCUUUGUCCACAAUUCCUUCCAACCCUGACUACUUCCUUCUUCAGAACUCGCUGUCACAUGUAUAUAUAAGCACUGACGUAUCUCAUUGAGCUUCUGCCUUCUUGUUUCAUGUAAUUCCGGAGCAGAAAUUAUUUCGUGAUUUUCUAGGGAAUGGAGAGAGGUUUGUAUGUAUAGCUUCUUAUAACACGCAGAGAGGAGAAAUACAGGUUCUACUGUAACAAAGGAGACAUGGGUAGACUUUUUGUUAUCAGUUUGGAAGGUAACAUCUAUAGUUGCAAACACUGCCAAACCCAUCUCGCUUUAUUUGAAGACAUCGUUUCCAAGUCUUUCCACUGCAAGCAUGGGAAGGCUUAUCUCUUCAAUAAAGUUGUGAAUGUCUCAGUUGGGGAGAACGAAGAGAGGAUGAUGACAACUGGAUUGCAUACUGUUGCUGACAUUUUCUGUGUAGGAUGUGGGUCAAUUGUCGGAUGGAAAUAUGAGUCUGCACAUGAGAAGGGUCAGAAGUACAAGGAAGGAAAAUUCAUCCUUGAGAGGUUUAAGGUAUCAGGACCUGAUGGAAGCAAUUACUGGGUUAGUCAUGAAGCUCAGGUUGGUGGAAGUGAUGCUGAUGAUGCUUGAUUGCCUCAUUGCCUAUAGGAUAUAUUCAGGCAAUGUUUCAGAUGUUUUAUUUGUAUAUUCUUGAUCUCAUUGUUCUCGACUUGAAUGGAUCUUUAAUUUAAUUACUUUUGAUAUUGCAACUAUACCAGUUGUCUAUGACAGAUUCUAUUCCUCUGCUUAUACAUGAGUUUCAUUAUGGA